AUGGCACCAAGCGUUACAUCAGAGACUCAGGUUAACGAUAUCGUAGACAAGUACAGCAAGCUUGUCCUCAAGGGAGAAGGAUCACCACAACUCGGACAGAGCAUUCAGGAUGGCUUUGGCGAUGAUUACUCCUCUGAGCUGCCAGAGACAACUAAGCGCCGCUUCGAAAAGUACGGUAUUGACAUCUCCAAGGGCUAUCCAAAGAGACCGGAGAAGUUGACAUUGUUCUUGGACGAAGCUGAGAAGAUCAGAAACGGGCCUGACCCAGACUACGUUGAGAGAGGUGUGAAUGCUGAUCCCGAGAAGAAGGCGCUCUUUGCAAAGGCCAAAGAGGUCAGACACCUGACAAAGUAUGUCGGCACCGAGCUUGUUGGAGUGCAACUCAGCGAGUUGAACGAGAAGGAACUGGACGAGCUGGCUCUUCUGGUUUCUGAAAGAGUGGUUGUGUUCUUCAGAAACCAAGAUCUGGCUCCGCAGAAGCAAUUGGAGAUUGGCCAGUUCUUUGGUAACAACGUGGAGAAGCAUCCACUGGCUGGCCAAGUUCCACUUCCAGGUGUCGAGGGUCCAACUGGCUUGACCACGAUUUGGGGUAAGUUCAACAGAAGAAACCGUGAUGUGACCUUUAAGCAAAGAGGUGGUGCCAUUUGGCAUACCGAUUUGGACCAUGAGUUCCGUGGACCUUCCAUCACGCACCUCCAUUUGGAUGCCAUUCCAAAGUUCGGUGGUGAUACCGCAUGGACCUCUGGGUAUGCUGCUUAUGAUAAGCUCUCUCCAGAGUUCCAGAAGUUCUUGGAUGGUAAGGUGGCUGUCCACAGAUCUCAGAACAAGUAUUACGACAAGAACAAUAUUCUGGGUGGUCCGAAGCAUAUUGAAAGAGAACAUCCACUGGUUGUUACUCAUCCAGUGACUGGAUGGAAGGCAUUGUUCGUCAAUAGAGGACACACCUUGAGAAUCAAGGAUUUGGAGCCAGAAGAAUCCAGAGUCGUCUUAAACUAUUUGUACGAAGUGUUGGAGAAGAACUUGGACAUCCAAGUGAGAUUCACAUGGGCCAACGAAACCCAGGACCGUUCAUUGGGAGCUUCAGCCAUCUGGGAUAACAGAAUCAGUGCACAUUAUGCCAUUGAUGACUAUGACGAUGAAGAAGACCCAAGACACGGUACAAGAGUCACUUCGCUGGGUGCGCCUCCAGUCUUUGUUCCAGGUUCCAAGUCUCAAAGAGAAUCCUUGGGAUUGAAGCCUUGA